GUAUCAUAAUUGAACACAUCCUCUCUGUGACACUUUUUUUUUAGUUUCAGUUUGAGUAUACAACAUACAUCGCCUUAAUUUGGAGCAUAUAUUAAAGAAUUCUUUUCUUUAUAUUAUAAAUGUAUUCAAAAUAUAAUAUUAGAAUACUGUAUUUGUAAGAUCUAUGUAUUAGAAAUUAAAUAAAAUUAUAUUAAACACAAUGGCUGCAACAGCAUUAGACAAGUUUAUUACAUUUAUUGGCUUUACUCUUAUAUUACAUACCGCAUAUUCAGCCGCACAACAUCGUUCAUAUUUGAGGAUAACAGAACAAGAGUUCACUUUAUUACCAAUUGAUAUUGUUAUUCAAGGGAUCGUAAGCCUAUUCAUCGUAAUGUAUGGAAUUAUAUUUAUUGCCGGAGAUUUUAAGGAAAUUCGUGCUGUUGUAGAUUUAAAAAAUAAAAGCUGGGAGACUACUCGAAAUCUCGCAUCUUUUCAAAUAUUCCAUCAUCGAGGAAAAUGUCUUUCUGAAGAGUAUACGUCUUGAUGACAUGAAUAAAUCUUAAUACUAUUACACAGUCGACAAACAGCAAAAUAAAAUCAAUUAAAAAAUAGAUGAAUGUGUGAUUAUGGUUUUUGAAUAAGAAUAGUUGAAUUUUUAUUAAUAACAAAUGGCAAAAUCACAUAUUAAUGAAAAUUAAGAAUAAACAUUGUUAUCUUUA